CAGCUGUUGCAGCUAAAAUUUUAGUUUGCAAAUAAAAUGGUUUUAACCAAGGAAGAGGAGGCAUUUAUCCGCCGCAAGCACGAACAUACUCUAAAACUGCGCAAUGAGUAUUUGAAACAGAGCUCGAAUCCCUUCCGCCAUGCCACAGGCGAAGGCGGCACUGUGUUCGAUGCCGGCCUAGCCCGCUUCCAGGCUAUGCGUGUGUCCAACUACGAGCACUUCAAGCCAACCGGAAAGUCUUUCCGCACGGGUCUCUUUGCCGUGGUACUGCCCAUUGCCAUUUACGCUUGGGCCCUAAAGAGCGAACGCGAUGGUCGCGAGGAGAAAUACCGAACCGGGCAGGUGGCCUACAAGGAUCGCCAGUUCAAGUUUAUUUAAGUAAUUUCUCUGGUGAUGUCGGAUUGGUAGUGAAACUAAACAAAACACAAAACAAUCUAUUGUUAACUAAAUUUAA